AUGUCUAGGCACCAUGUCAAUGUACCAGAGGAUAUCAAAGUCAUGGAGAGCAGCUCCGAUACUGCAGGCUUUGGUUCCGACUCUGACAACUUGUCAUUAGAUUCAGACGAGGAACUCUUGAAGGUUCGUGCUGCUGUUGCACCUCCACGGGACAAUGCUUCGAUUGCAGACCUUCAUCAGGCAAGCACUAGAAACUGCACAGAAGCUGCUGUUGAAUAUGCGAGGCCGGCAGCGAGAGCUCUUGAAGCAGAAUGCGCUUCUGGAAGCUUCAGCAGCCAAAGCCGUCAAGGGAGAGGCGAUAAGGCUGUUGGGACGCAAAUACUAAAUCACACAUUGCUUAUGGAUCAACCCUCAGAUUUCCCCUUGCGUGCACGUCCCGACAUUGACAUCAACAGUAAGAAGCGCUGGCUGUCACCACUUUCAAUCGAAGAUGGUGUGAAAGCUGAGUUAUUCUUGUUUGUUCCUGAAGCGGAUCGGGAAACGAUGAAUCACAAACUCUUUGGUAGCCAUUUUGCAAAAGGUGUUGGUAAUGUUCACUCCAAAAUGGUUUCAGACAUCAAGACAUGCGCUAGAGCUAUCUUUGGAUUGAAUCCCGAGUUCUUCCUUCGAGGUUAUGAUCAAGGCAUGCAAGAAGAAUGCCGCAUCCUUAUCCGUUCUCCUCAUGGUUCCUACACCAAGUUCGCUCCUGUAUUGUUCCCCUGUCCAAACAGUCUCUUGCCCAACAACUUCCUGAAGUCAGCUGUGCUGGUUAAGGCUAUCUACAUGUUUUCAGGCGACAAGGAACUGCUUGAAACUGGCCAGACAGCUAAAAUCCCAUAUCGCACCUACCACGAUUUUUACCGUGAACGCCUGAUGAUGGGAGGUGCCUGGGCACGCCAGGUUCUUUUAUUCUUCAACCAGACCCUAUUUCCAUCUACUUCCUCACUCACUCCCGCUCCUGUUCUGGAUGAAGGGGACCCAGCUCAGUUGUGGGAAUUAGACUUUGAGCGUGCCAUAGAUGAGGAAGGCAAGCCGCCAAUCACUAUUUCCAAUACUCCGCCUGCAAGUGCUCCCCCUUCUCUGAUGAGAUCAUCAUCUGUCGCGCCCAAUCUCACGGCAGGUCCUGGACCCGUUAUGCAACCAGAUCUGAAUCCAGCUGCUAUCGUGGAACCUUCAAUAUCUACUGCGAUGGAAGCUCUUGAUUUGGCGCACGGUUGA